AUGGCUUCCAACUCGGUGUUUGCUGCUGUGCUCCUUCUCGCCCUCUCCCUUCCUUUCGUUCUUGCUGGAAACGCUGCUGGCGCGGAGCAAUCGUCCCAGUCCAAGUACGAGUAUGACGCCAACGGCAACAUUAUCCUGUCUCCUGCUGGAAACAACAACCAGAACGGCAACGGGCAGGGCACAUCCGCGGACGUGAUCGAUUGGUACAACGACCAGGAGUACCCGACCUGCCCGCUUAAAGCCUGCCCGCCUUUCAAGCACUAUUGCUCGGGCGGCAUGUGCAACGACACGGCCGGCAUCCUCGGCCGCUGGAGGCUCCCCGAGCAGUCGUCGCGCGUGUGCCCGCCGGGGCGCGCCAACCCGAAGCCGAACAACGAGUGGUGCAUCGGGGAGCUCACGCCGUCGCAGUGCUGCAAGGCUUGCUCCGACAGCAAGGAGCCGUGUGCCGUGUGGCAGCACUACAUUGGAACCGUGAACCCGUCCGGCAAGUGCCUUAAGUGCGGUAUCUGCUGGCUGUACCCGCCCGGCACGGCGCCGCGGUGCGAGACGCAGCUGGACAACAACAACGGCUACCGCAUCAAGUACAACUGCUCGCGCAUCGGCGGCAGCUGCCCCUACACCAAGAACGACCCGCACUUCCAGGGCGCGCAGGGCACGCGCUUCGAAUCUACCUCCCCCUCCACUGAAUCCGCCUCCUUUCCACCACAGUCCCCUUCCGCCCCCGCGCCGCCCUCCUUCCCGCUCUUCUCUUUCCCCUUGCCUGCGGUGCUCCCACCGCCGCCCGCCCUCCCCCACCUGCUUCCCAGGCAGCAGCAGCGCCUGGCGCUCUACCUCGACCUGCUUUUGGACUGGAACCAGCAGUGUCCAGUGUCCACUCGCGCAGAGGCAGAGCAACGCCGCAUUGCUGACUCCCUCUCACGUAUCCCUGUUAUCCUGGCAUUCACCCGCAUGAACCUGACAGCAGUGACCAGUCGCGCAGAGGCAGAGCAACGCCACAUAGCCGACUCUCUCUCACUCAUCCCUGCCAUCCUGGCCCUCACCGCACCAUCGCUCCCAACCGCGCCAAUUGCUGCCUCACCCACUCCUACCGCACCUCUCCCUACCGAACCACUCGCUACCGCCCCAAUUCCCACUGAUUCACCUUCUACCGUACCUCUCCCCACUGAGAGCCCAUUGGACUCUCCAUCUGCUACAGCACCCCCUGCCAUGCCACAUGGCGCGCUGCGAUUGGUGGAUGUGGGCACAGGAGCGGGGCUACCAGGGAUCGUGCUAGCAGUGGCCCAGCCCACGUGGCAAGUCACUCUGGUGGAAUCUCUAAACAAGAGAUGCGAUUUCCUGUCGCAUGUGGUGCAGCGGUUGGGACUCAAUAAUGUGCAAGUGGUGUGUGGGAGAGCAGAGGAGGUGGGGAGGGACCCCGACCACAGGGAGGCGUACGACUUGGCUGUAGCGCGGGCUGUAGCAGAGAUGAGAGUGCUCAAUGAGCUCUGUCUGCCUCUGGUUCGAGUGGGAGGUGCCUUUAUAGCCGCCAAGGGCCCCAACCCUCAGGAUGAGGUGGCAGCAGCAUCCAACUCUGCUUCCCUGCUUGGUGCACAACUUGCUACAACUUAUGAAGCAGUCAUCUACGCUAUUGCUCCUCCCCUCACCUUCCUUCCCCUCUCCUCCCCUCACCCCACCACAGUUGCAUCUUCAAACACCAACGGCCAGCGCACAGCAGUCGUUUAG